AAAAAUCAUGUAUUUAUCAUCCAUACAAAACCUAUUGACCACAACAAUACUGUUGGCCGUGACUGCCGGUCCAACAGUGGUAGUGGUGCACGGGUUGACCAUAACCCGUAUGGACGUACCAUCACCUGCACGUGUCAAUCAAUCAGUUCAGCUAAACUGUCAGUACGAGUUGGCCACCAAUGAACAACUGUAUUCAGUCAAAUGGUACGCAAGUAGUGGACACGAAUUUUUCCGAUAUCUGCCCCGCGAUCGGCCAUCGAUUAAGUUAUUUCCGACACCCGGUAUUACGGUAAACUUGGAUCAAAGUGGCCCGAAGUCGGUAGUACUCGAGUCAAUACAGCCGCAAACCAGUGGCCACUAUAUGUGCGAAGUAUCGGUCGAAGGUCCCAGUUUUGCUACGGUUACGGCCGGCAAGGAUCUGAUGGUAGUGUCCGCUGCCACCACCGCCGCCGCCGAUACUAGCAGUGGCCAACUAAACACUGGUGAUGGCGAUGACUGUUAUCAUCCAGUGAUUAGUGAUGUUUGUGUGGGAACGGUAUUACUGGCUAUCUAUGGCUUGUUUGGUAUAUUAUAA